AUGUGUUACAGUAACAACUUGAACUAUCAGGAAAGUCUCAUAAAGCUCCUUCUUGGGAUUGAGAUUCUGCAGCCUUCUGUUAUGAACACAUUAUUUGAAAAAAUUCCUGAAUUUAUGUAUGAUGGUAUUCCAGAGGAUGGAAUUAACAUGCCACGACUCAUCAUCAGUCAGUUUAAAUGGUUGGACAGGAUCAUAGAUAGUAAGGAUUUGACUAGUAAGAUUAUGCAGCUGAUUAGUGUUGCUCCUCUUGAAAUUCAGCAGGAUAUCAUCAUCAGCUUGCCAGAAAUUUUGGAAGAUGCCCAACACAAUGAAAUUGCCAAAGAACUUAAUUCCUUGUUGCAACGGAACACUCAGCUGACAGUGCCCAUCUUGGAUGCCCUCUCUAGCCUCAAUCUACAGGCUGAGCUAUUGAUAGAGGUGCGCCAUUCUGUUAUGUCGACCUUGUCUGCAGUGAAACUUGAUGAUCUCCCUGUAAUUGUCAAGUUCAUUUUCCAUGCCAUCACAACAGAAGAUGCUGUAGAGGUGAUUACAGAAUUGCGGAUGAAUCUAGGAUUGGAAUCUUGUGUGCUUCCUUCACAACUGCAGAUUAGCUGGGACAAGCAGAAACAGAAGAGUGUUACAGGAGCUUUAGUGAAUCAAGAGAAUGGUGGUCACGACUGUGUUGCAAUCAUGUUUGAUGUUAUCAAAGCUGCAGUAAGGUUUCAGAAAGCAACAGCUGAGGCUUGGAUUAAGGCUAUUGAAGUGGUAGAUUCUGCUGCUGGGCACAAGGUUAUCGAUCUGUUGGUUCUCCUAAUCCUCCACACAACCAGUACAAGCAACAUCAAGAAACAAGUGGAGAAACUGUUACGUAGCAAAAUUCGUCUUGGCCAUAUUGGGGAUCAGCUUUUGCAGGUUGCAUUCAGAAGUCAUGCUCUGGUUGUCCGUGAGUACUUUCCCUCUGUUCUGUCCUUGGCUCAGACCCUCUUGAGAUCCUCAGAUGUGACUGUGGUGUCAUUUGGCAGUCUAAUGUAUAAACAUGCAUUUAUGAUGUUUGAUUCCUACUGUCAGCAGGAAGUUGUUGGUGCACUGGUGACACAUGUUUGCAGUGGUUUCACUACAGAGGUGGAUGUCUCACUUGACGUGCUUACAGACCUGGUUUCCCAGAAUUCGUCUACAAUGGCUGUUUAUGCUAUAUUUGUGAAGGGUAUCUUGGAUUACAUGGACAACUUGUCUCCCCAACAGAUAAGAAAGCUGUUUUUUGUCCUGAGCACAUUGGCUUUUAGCAGAUGGCAGGAGGGCAGCCACAUUCAGGAUGACAUGCACAUUGUUAUUAGGAAACAGCUGUCUAGUACAAUAUCCAAAUACAAGCGAAUUGGGAUCAUUGGGGCAGUCAUGAUGGUGGGCUGCAUGGCUUAUGACAGAAGUAAAAUUGAACCCUCAUCAUCAGACUUGCCAUCCAUGAGUAAAGAAUCCUUCAGGCAGGCCACUGCCCUGCUUGAAUUGGUACGCACCUCCAGUGAGCAGUCUCCAGAAGCUGCUGCUCUCUACUAUGAUGAAUUGGCUAACUUGGUGCAGAAAGGAAAGCUGGAUCCACAAGUGCAGGAAUUGAUUGGCAGAAGUGUACUUGAUGAUUUUCAAGAGGACUUUGUUGUAGACCUGCUGCCAGAAACAAAUAGUGAAUCCGUGUUGCCACUGAAGUCAAUGUAUGAUCUGGAUGAAGAGGACACUGAAGGUGGGAUUGUUAUCAAUCUUCUAACACUCCUAUCCAAUAGCAUGAUCGGCAAUGGCUUUGAAAAUGCAGCUGGCAAGCAAAAGAACAAAAAGUGUGUUUCUCCAGUAUAUCUUGCUUCCUUUUUCCGUCUACUGCGAUUCUGUGAAGAGGUGCAGCACAAUGGAAACUUGGAAGAGAUUGAUGCUUUAUUAGGUUGUCCACUUUACCUGACUAACUUUGAACUGGUGGAGAAGUUGGAGUCACUAUCCAAACAGGAGCGGGAACUUCUAUGCUCACUGCUGUUUCACACUCUCAAUUGGUUCAGAGAGGUCGUGAAUGCAUUCUGUAAACAGCAGGACACUGAGAUGAAGGGCAAGGUACUUCUCCGGCUGCAGAACAUUACACAUCUACAGGUGUUACUGGAGAAGUGUUUGGCAGCAACACCUGGAUAUAUCCCUCCACUGGCAAACUUUGAUUUGGAGGUCACUGAGGUUCCUCUGACUGCAUCUCAUGCAGCAACAACUAAGAAAGGAAAGAAAGAUCAAAAGGGUAAGAAGAAACAGAAAUCUGAGGGUAACAAGAAUUCUUCUACAGACAGCUCUCAGACCGAGGAGCCUACAGAAGAAAGUCAAGUGCAAUCUGAAAGUACACAAGGGAAGGAAAACACAGAAGAAGGGAAGGUCUUUAUAAAUUUAUCCAAUUACAGAGCCUACUUUAGAGAGCUGGAUACAGAUGUAUUCUUUGUCCUACGGUGUAGACUAGUAACCAAAUCCCUAUUGGAGACUGAACUACGUACCAAGGCUACUGAAGUUGUGCAGCUGAGGUCAGCUGAACUAAUGUUUCUUCUGGAGGACCUAGCUCGUAAAUUAGACUACAUGUUGGUUGCAACUGCUGCAAAAAAAAUGCUCUUCUUAAAGGUCAAAGGUGAUCGAGAUGUCGGAUUUUCGCACUUACGCCAAAUGACUCCACAAGAACUUGCUCAGACUGCUGUAGAAUUGCUCAAUCCCUUGUGUAACCAUUUGGAAAAUGUUCACAAUUACUUCCAGAUAAUCAAGCUACAUAGUAUUUGA